GCUUCGGCUGAAACCUCAAGUUGUCACAGUCACCCGCAGUUGUUCGCCGUCUGUCGACGAGGUCGCUUCUAGAGUCUCAGUUGCGUGAAUGCGAAUUAUUGAAAGUCACACUAAUAUACGAGUAAUAAUGGGAUUCCGCGGCUAUUUGCCAUAAUUUUUCCUACCACUGAAAAUGCCAAUAAAUUGUGAAUUUAAUUUAUCGCGUGCCGCGGCUAUUUACUACACUGGCGAGCAAAUUUCGGGUUCACUCACUGUGACAGUUGAGGGUAAAAAACCAUUCCCAUUAGAGGGCGUAUGUAUCACUAUCCAUGGCGUCUCAACGGUUCAUUGGAGGGAAGCCCUUGGUGGUCCACCGGAAAUCGAACACAAUGAUAGCAGUGGAAACUUGGAUUGUGCCAAAGUGGAUUACAAGGGCAGCAAGGUUCAUAUAAAUCAAACAAAGACGUUGAGUGAUGGGCUACGCCUACAACCGGGUGUUUUUCCAAUGGGAGACUUUAACUUCCAGCUUCCUGAAAAUCUGCCGGCCACUUGUAAUCUACCCUUUGGCAAUGUGGAAUAUAUGUUAAAAGUUGUCAUUAAGAGAAAGGGCAAGCAUAACAAGUGCUUUCAACAGCGACUGGUGAUAAGAAAAAGCCUGGAAUUUUGUGAUCUCAAACCGCAAAUUAGCGAAAACUCGAAUAUAAGUCUGGCCCUUCCGCGAAGUGUUUUUGUUCCUGGUCAAAGUGUAAACUAUGUGAUUGUUUCGAAAGACGGAGUUUUAAAAUUCCUGACUCGUUUGUGCAAAAAAAUCAACUACACAAGUCUGGAGCCUAAUGCUAAGACCAAAACAGUUAUCCAGGUUUUAUCGCAGAGCACAGAUCUGAAGGGUGAUCUUCGCCUGCCUCUGACAGCUCCUUUUAUGACCCAUCCAGAUCAUUUGGAACCUAUACAAAUUAGUUACUAUUUAGAAACGUUUAACUACUUGGAUCCUCCACUCAAACUGCCUAUUUUUGUGGCCACAGCAGCACCUCCCAUCUACUCCGCCAUGGAAUCCUCUCGACAUUGCUUCGUGAACUUGGCCUUGAGCCAGAGCGAGCUGUUUAGGCCAAUUAAUCAGUUUCUGGCCCACAGCUGUUCCCGGGAUAUUGGCGCCUUGGCGCUAAGCAAACACUGUGAGAGCAUCAAGUUACUGAAACACCCGAAAAGAAAACGGUCGUACGUGCAAUUGGCAUUGCGAUACUUAUAUAAGAAAGUACUACCCUGACACGUGCCCAGACCGGAAUUUCAUUGCCAAGCUAUUGAUAUUAUAAGAAUUCCAUAGAAUUGAACUUGAAUUGCAGUGAUGGAAAGUAAACCAAGUAACUGGAAUAAAGAGAGUCGUUAUGAAACUGCACAGCAAACAAUUUAUUUCGAUAUUAAAGAGAUAUAAUAGAAAUACCGCAACAUGCUCAAUAGACUACCAAAAAUAACUUGAAAAUCUUUUGAAUACAUUUUUUUUACACUUAACUGACUUUGGGUUAACAGUAGCUUAUAUACAUUAAACUUUCUCAGAUGAUUUAGUAUGUUAUUUAUAUUGUAUAAGCUUGCCAAUAAAAAGUUUCCAGAAAUAAAUCUUCUUAACAACA